GGUAUGGGAUCAAAAUGUAAAAGGCGUGGAUUGUGGAGAUGAGGUGGCUGAUAUGUUAACCCGGGUCGUCUCUCAAGGUAAGACCAAACUUCGACUCUUGUACCGGGGAGAUGUGGUGAAGAAUAGGCCAGCCCGAAGAUUUGAUUACUACGACUUCCCGAAGAUCCGCAACUCUGACACAUUGUACUAUGCGGAGAACUGCGCCUACAUGAUUGGCACAGAGUCUUCGCUAGAGGACCUCAACUCUCGCCUCUCGGAACCCAUCACUAUGAGCCAGUUCCGUGCAAACAUCGUGGUCAGAGGCUCUGCACCCUCAGACGAGGACGACUGGGCCUACGUGAAGAUCGGGCGGGUGGUCUUCAGGAAGGUGAAACCAUGCCAGAGAUGUCUGCUAACCACUGUGGACCCAGUCAAAGGGGAACGACACCCCAAGAUGGAGCCACUCACUACCCUCCGUACGUUCCGCUCAUUAAAAGAGCCAGCCAAGUUGGCUAAGGCGUGGGCUACGAGUCCCCUCUUCGGCAUCAACAUGGCCAUCGACGUGACAGGACCUGUGGCAGUGGGAGACAAAGUCUUGGUGGCCAGAACUUCAAAAAAUCCGGCGUUAACAGUAUUCUAGAGCUGGCCUGAACAUCGGCCAUCCUGCUUUUGAGUCUUCUAAAACUACAGUGUAACCAGAACCACACUCAACUCAUCAUUAACAGUGUUUUAAGAUUAAUUCACAAUGAAUGUAACAGUUUUCUUUAAACGCUAAUAAUAAAUUGCCUUCUAACCACUCAAUGCUCUGGUAAAGUACAACGAUUUGAAAACGAUCUUCGACGUCAUUCUCCAUAUAACUUCUCUUAUUUUACUACUAUUGAUUUUAUAGUUUACAUAGUGUAGUCUUCCUGUUUGAGUCCAAAAGUCUAUUUGUUUGACACAGUUUUUCCUGUGUGUGCGCGCUCACCUAUUUGUGGUUUCAGAGGUCGAGUCAUAACUCCUGGCCACGCCUCUUCGCUGAUCGCUACUAGGUCCUCUCCCUGCUCCACGAGCUUUAUCAAACUAUGUCACCUGCCAGACUGUUCUACUUCCUGACAACUCUGUGACUAAAGAAAUACUUCCUAACAUCCCUUUAAUAUGAGAUGAACAAGAUGGGAGCGAGUAGGCCUACUGUGCUUUAUGGAACAGAGCUUUUUACCGUAGCAGCCUCAAACUUUACUCUGUUGACUACUACUCUGUGUUCUAAUUUCCUGACAAAUGGAACACAGAGUAGUAGUCAACAGAGUAAAGUCUGAGGCGGCUACGGUGAAAAGCUCUGCUCCACAAGGCACAGUACUCGCUCCCAUCUUGUUCCUCAUCCUCAUGUCUGACAUAGACAGGGAUGUAAGCUACAGCACCGUGUCUUCCUUUGCAGAUGACUCCCGAAUCUGCAUGACAGUGUCUUCCAUUGCAGACACUGCAAGGCUCCAGGCAGACAUCAACCAAAUCUUCCAAUGGGCUGCAGAAAACAAUAUGAAGUUCAACGAUGAGAAAUUUCAGUUACUCUGAUAUGGUAAUCGUGAGGAAAUUAAAACUUCAGAGUAUAAAACAAAUUCCAACCACACAAUAGAGAGAAAAACCAACGUCAAAGACCUGGGAGUGAUCAUGUCGGAGGAUCUCACCUUCAAGGACCAUAACACUGUAUCAAUCGCAUCCGCUAGAAAAAUGAGAGGAUGGAUAAUGAGAACCUUCAAAACUAGGGAUGCCAAGCCCAUAAUGACACUCUUCAGUCGCUUGUUCUAUCUAGGCUGGAAUAUUGCUGCACACUAACAGCACCUUUCAAGGCAGGUGAAAUUGCUGACCUAGAAAAUAUACAGAGAACCUUCAUGGCAUGCAUAACUGAGAUAAAACACCUCAAUUCCUGGGAGCGCUUGAAGUUCCUGAACCUGUACUCCCUGGAAUGCAGGAGGGAGAGAUACAUGAUUAUAUACACCUGGAAAAUCCUAGAGGGACUAAUACCAAACUUGCACACGAAAAUCACUCCCAACGAAAGCAUAAGACUCGGCAGACGAUGCAGCACAUCCCCAAUGAAAAGCAGGGGUGUCACUAGCACGUUAAGAGAGAACACAAUAAGUGUCAGGGGCCCCAAGACUGUUCAACUGCCUCCCAGCAUACAUAAGGGGCAUUACCAAUAGACCCCUGGCUGUCUUCAAGCAGGCACUGGACAAGCACCUAAAGUUGACACCUGACCAGCCGGGCUGUGGUUCGUACGUUGGAUUGCGUGCAGCCAGCAGUAACAACCUGGUUGAUCAGGCUCUGAUCCACCAUGAGGCCUGGUCACAGACUGGGCCGCAGGGGUGUUGACUCCUGAAACUCUCUCCAGGUAAACUCCAGGUAACUUAGCUGAGUCUUCAGCUUCCAGUUGUGACCCCUUGUUUGUGUGUCCCAUCUCUGGAACAUCCUGUCUCUGUACACCUUGUCAAUACCUCGCAGUAUUUUGUAUUUCAUUAUCAUGUCUGUCCUAACCCUCGUGUCCUCUAGUGUCGCCAGGCCGAUUUCCCUUAACCUUUGCACAUUCUCUAAUUUCUUGGUGUGCUUGACCAGGUGUGGGCUCCAAACUGGUGCUGCAUACUCCACUAUGGUCCUGACAUACACAGUGUACAUUGUCUUGAACGAUUUCUUACUGAGGUAUCGGAAUGCUAUUCUCAGGUUUGCCAGGCGCCCAUGUGCUGCAGCAGUUAUCUACUUGAUGUGUGCCUUAGGAGAUGUGCUCAGUAUUAUACUCACCCCAAGAUCCUUUCCUUUGAGUGAGGUUUGCAGUCUUUGACACCCGAAACCCUUUCCAGGUAAACUCCAGAUAAACCUCAGGUAAACCUAGCCUAUACUCUGUCUGCGGUCUUUGCCCUUCCCCUAUCUUCACGACUUUGCAUUUGGAGGGGGUUAAAUUCGAGUAGCCAGUUGCUGGACCAGGCUUCCAGCCUGUCUAGGUCUCUUUGCAGUCCUGCCUGUUCCUCAUCCGAUUAAAUUCUCUUCAUUAACUUCACAUCAUCUGCAAACAGGGACACUUCUGAGUGGAACCCCACUCCUCACAGGCACCCACUCUGACACCUCAUCACAUACCAUGACUCGUUGUUGCUUCCCUGUCAGGUAUUCUCUGAUCCAUUUCAGUGCCCUUCCUGUUAUGCAUCCCUGAUCCUCUAGCUUUUGCACUAAUUUCUUGUAAGGAACUGUGUCGAAGGCCUUCUUAGAGCCCAAGAAAAUGCAAUCUACCCAAUCCUUCCUCUCAUGCCUUACUUCCGUUACCUUGUUAUAAAACUCCAGUAGGUUUGUAACACAGUAUUUUCCUUCCCUGAAUCUGUGCUGGUUGUCGUUUAUAAACUUGUUCCAUUCUAGGUGCUCCACCACUCUCCCCCUGAUAAUCUUCUCCAUGACUGCAUGCUAUACACGUUGGUGACACUGGUCUGUAGUUUAGUGCCUUGUAUAUAUCUCCUUUCUUAUAAAUGGGGACUACAUUUGCCGUUUUCCAUACCUCGGGUAGUUGCCCAAUUGUAAUGGAUGUGUUGAAUAUUGUUGUUAGUGGCACACACGGCAUCUCUGCUCCCUCUCUAAGGACCCAUGGAGAGAUGUUCGGUCCCACCACCUUUAAGGUAUCAAGUUCACUUAGCAUCUUCACCUCCUCCUCGGUUGAGUGUAUGUCAUCCAGCACUUGUUGGUAUAUCCCUUGUUGGUGUACCCCACUAUUCUGACUUCUCAGAGUCCUUUCUGUUUCCUCCAUAAAUACCUCCUUAAAUCUCAUGUUGAGCUCCUCACUUUUUGGUUGCUUCUUGUGAGCUCCCCACCUUCCUUCUUCAGCCUGCUUACAUGGUCCAUGACUGUUGUCUUCCUCCUGAUGUGGCUAUACAACAGCUUCGGGUCAGACCUGACUUUCGAUGCUAUGUCGUUUUUGUACUGUCGCUGGGCCUCCCUCUAUCUGUGCAUACUCAGUUCUGGAUCUUCGACUAAUCUGCUUAUUUUCCUGGGCCCUUUGUCUUUUGUACUUUUUCCAUUCUCUAGUGCACAUAAUUUUUGUCUCCUUACAUCAUUGGGUAAACCAAGGGCUCGUUCUGGUCUUCCCAUUAUUUCUAUUGCCCUUGGGAACAAACGUUUUCUCUGCCUCCUUGCAUUCCGUUGUCACAUAGUCUAUCAUUUCGUUUACUGAUUUUCCUACCAAUUCUUUCCCAAUGAACCUCCUGCAGGAAGUUCCUCAUGCCUGUGUAGUCCCCCUUUUUGUAGUUUCGUUUUUCCCAUACUACUACUGUUACCCUCUCCACUCGUAACUCUACCAUGUAUUCAAAGCUCAGAACCAUGUGAUCAUAUGUGAUGCCCUCGAUGUCGGAGCUACUCAGGGUGAAUAUGAGACCCAGUCUUGCUGGUUCAUCCUCGCCCCUCUCUCUUGUGGUGUCCCUAACAUGCUGAUGCAUGAGGUUUUCCAGUACCACAUCCAUUAUCUUGGCUCUCCGUGUUUCAGGACCCCAUUUGUAACCAGGUUUUCCCAAUCAAUCUCUGUGAUUGAAAUCACCCAUAACUAGUAACUUUGCUCUGCUCGAGUGAGCCCUUCUUGCCACCUCAGUUAGUGUGUCCAUCAUUGCUCUCUUCAUAUUCUUCUCUUGGCCUCCUGCAGUUCUGUGGCGGGUUGUACAUCACUGAAAUGACUGACUUAUGGCCCCCAGACUGAAUUGUACCUACUAUGCAGUUCUUUUCGCCCAUUCCUUCCAUUUCCUCAAAUCCCUAUCGGUUUUUAAUGAACAGUGCAAUUCCUCCUCCUCCUCCUAUCUUUCCUCAGGAUCUGAUAUCCGGGUGGGAAGCUUGCAUCUGUUGUCAUCCCAGGGAGUUUCGUUUCUGUGAGUGCUGUAAUGUCUGGGGACGUCUCCUUGAUUCUUUCAUACCACUCCUCACAUUUAUUUGUUUUACCAUCCGCAUUCGUAUACCAAACCUUGAACUUCUUUUCUAAAACUGUGGUCUAGGGAGAACGUUGGUGUUGGGUGAGCGGGAGACCUGGCGGAGAACUACGGGGGGUUGUUGUGGGGGUGGAGUUUGUGAUGAGAGGGGUGGGGGCAGCGGGUACAGUGUGUGGAUAUUGGGUUAGAUUGUUUGGUUGCAUUGGGGUUGUCGUGGUUGAGAUCCUUCUGUAGGUGGUUCUGAGGGAAGUUGUAUCUGCUCUUCCUCCUGUGCCUGGGUUCUCGUGUGUGUGUGUGUGUGUGUGUGUGUGUGUGUGUGUGUGUAUAGGAGGUCCCCAUAUAAGAUUUCACAUUUUAAUUCAUCGUUAUAGCAAUGAUGAGUGAUGGUAACUCACCUCAUUAGUGAGAUAGAAAAACGAGAAUUUCAUUAUAUCCAGACUGCUAAAUGGAGAAAAUGUGAGCACAUUCCUAUCAGGAAAAAUAUACGUAGACCCUCGAGCUAUGGCCUGUCUCAGAGUGGGAGACCUUCAUGACGUUGACUAGUACCGUAAUGAAGCUCUCUUGUAUUUUUUUUGACAAGACCCCAGAGGAAAAGAAGGAUAGGGUAGCUGAAAAUAAUCUCUAUUUUAGGUCUGGAUCACAGGACAAAAAUGAAGGCUUUGAAAUAAAAGAUAUCCAGAGAGAUAGUUGAGAUCGGUCAGGGUCUGGUGAAAAUAGUGCGAGGGCCGUGUGUGAGGUGUACUCUGGUGCAAUCUCAGGAUGGAUAUUUGUACUGAAUAACUUUCAGCAUGUGUGUGCGGGAUUCACUUGCAGCUCUUCAGUGUAUAGACACUUGAGGCGCACAUCAACCAAAUAACUGCUGCAUCAUAUGGACGCUUAGCUAACCUAAGAAUAGCAUUCUGACAUAUCAGUAAGGAAUCGUUCAGAACUCUAUACACCGUGUACGUCAGGCCCAUAUUAGAAUAUGCAGCUCCAGUUUGGAAUCUACACCUGGCCAAGCUCAUCAGGAAAUUAGAGAAAAUGCAAAGGUUUGCAACGAGACUAGGACAGGAGCUAAGGGGCAUGUCCUACGAGGAGAGGUUAAGGAAAAUCAACCUGACAACACUGGAGGGCAGGAGGGAUGGGGAGGGACAUGAUAAUGAUAUUCAAAAUCCAGAGAGGAAUCGAUAAGGCGGACAAAGACAGGAUGUUCCAGAGAUGGGACAAAGCAACAAGGGGUCACAGUUGGAAAUUGAAGACUCAGAUGAGUCACAGGGAUGUUAAGAAGUAUUUCUUCAGUCAGAGAGUUGUCAGAAAGUGGAAUAGUCUGGAAAGUGAUGUAGUGGAAGCAGGAUCCAUACAUAGUUUUGAGAAAGGUAUGAUAAAGCUCACGGAGCAGGGAGUGUGUGACCUAGUAGUAACCAGUGAAGAGGGGCCAGGAGCUAUGAUUCGACCCCUGCAACCACAAUUAGGCGAGUACAGUGUAUGAGUUUUUUAAAGCUGACUUCCAAUUUAUACAGAGCUCCUUUUUCCUCGGUUAUAAGCUGUAAUAAUUGUUAGUGCUGAAAUGAUUGUUAAAAUCAUUAUCUUAGGUUGGUUUUAUAAUUAUUUUGUACAUAAUUUUAAUAAUAAAAAACAAAUAACCCGCACUUAGAGGAAAUCUUAUGAAGACGUUUGGGUCCUACUUGAACUGUUGACAAAUUAAACUGAACGAGGAGGAAAAAGACCAGAAUACAUACGAGAGGGGGGGGGGAGAGGGGAGAGAAGGAAAUGGUAUUAGUAUUGACAGUAGUAGUGCUGGUGGAGGUCAUAGAAUAGCAGGAUUAUUAGCAGUAGUAAAGGUAACAGCAGUGAAAAUAGUAAUGAUAUAAUGUUCCAGCCAUUGUAUCAUGACGUUUUAUUCUUUACGGACCCCGCAGGUAAGCGUCUCAUUCUUUCCAGUUUUGAUUUUUUCUUUCAUUACUCUUAUUGUUUCCAGAUAUUGUAAGAACCAACUUCGCUUUUUACGUGACUAUCUUGCUGAAGAUGUUUUGCUCCCUUCCUCCCAUUUCCUCAAAUUCAGCACCUUGGGCACUCCAUUUCCUGAUGAUGCUUCGACACCUCAUGCUUUCUAUUAAGUCUCAAGUUAAUGCCUUCUUCACCCUCCAUCAACGCCAACGUGCUCUCUUCUCUCUCCCACAUGAUCUCUGUAACCUUUUCACAAUCAUUAUUCUCGACACUGCUCGCUUUAAUUCGGAAAUUCACUUUAAUAAACUACACAAACUUCAUCGUGUCAUCUCCAACAGCCUUGGUCCAAAAUCUCCCUCACUGACUUACUAGUUUGUCUUCCGUCACACUCUCCCAACAUCAGCUUCAACUUCUCAGUUUUGGACUUUUCGUUGCCACUUCAUCUACUCGCUCUGUCACUGACCGAUUAACUCCUUUGAUUCCUCUCACCAGUCUCUCAAAAUGUUCUUGACCUGUCUAUUAUUCAUGGUGCUCUCAUUCCUGCCCUUGAUGGCCUGUUUUCUGAGAAUUACCAUCUUCCUCGUCGCUAUUAACCUACUCUUACUCUCUUAAAUAUGCUACAAAUUUUGUUAUCGUUCCCUUUGAUAUAUGCAAUUCUGAUUCACGCAUCUACAUUACUCUUGUUACCCACCCUCUUAAUCUCACCAAGAGAACUUUUAUCCUUAAACUUAACUUUCGAGACUCUCUAAUCUCUGUCCUAACUUUGAUCUUGUUCAGCGAUUCCUCAUUAUCUGUCCCUCUCUGCAUUAUUUCUAUAGUCUUCUUGAAACUCAUGCACCUGGUAUACCUACGGCCCAUCAUUUUCUCCAGAGGUUUUGUCUCUUAUCCUCUUGCUUUUUGGCUGGGUAAAACUCUCGCUCCUUUUCUUCAUUCUUUUUUCUCUUCUUGCUCACCACCGACACUCUUAAACGUGUUAGGCUGCAUUCGACCUGUAAGAUGCUAAGUUCCUCUUCAAUAAUUUCUCUUUAUCUCAGUUUUCUCAAAGUGAAGGUCAGUAAAGGGCUACUUUGUCUCCUUGUGCAUACUGAUGUCUUUCUUGAUCUUAUUCGCCCUAGUGUGAACUCGUCUCUCUCUCUUUUCAAGGUAAAUUUUAUUCUCAAACUUUUGUUGUUGCUAUGGGUUCUACUCUAUCCUCUGUUCAUGCUAAUCUUCAUAUGAAGUAUUUCAAAGCUGUUCUACAUCCUGCUGUUGGGAAACACCUCUCUCCCUGGCUUCGUUAUGUAGACGAUAUCUUUGCUCUUUGGUCAGAUAACUCUAGUCUCUUCCAACCUUUUCCCUAUGCAUCGAACAAUCUUGCUCCUUCAGUCAUGUUUAAUGCUGAAAGAGAAUCUAACACUUUUCUUCCUUUCCUUGAUAUGCAUGUCCAUCGCUCGGCGAUAGGUUUUCCGUUUUGUCAUUUAUCGCAGUGGCAUAUACAUUCAAUGCUUUUUCUUACCAUGUUAUCUCUGUCAAGAAGUGUUCUUGUUUCUCCCUUUCUCCGUGGCCUCCGCUCCUGUGAUCCUCAAUAUCUCAGAUCUUUGUAGCUUGUUCUGUGACCUUGUUUAUCCUCAUUUCAUAAACUCUGCCUACUCCAUUCUCUUGUGAAAUCUCCUUGUCUUAACCUUCCCUAUAUUUCCAGUCUCCAAUAUCUUAGUAGCCCCCUUUGUCUUUUACUUUUCGCCAAACUAAUAUCCUUCGUAGUAAUCUAGUUUCUUUCCUGCCAUUGAUGAUUUCAGUGUCUGCUACAUUUUCUGCUCUUCUUGUCCUCCCAGUAUUUUGGUUAAGCUGCCCACUCUCUUACUGACAGAUACAAAGAGCACAAAAGAAGUGUUGGACUUAGACACUGUUUUUUCUGUCACGUUGGAGAUUAGUCAUACUAUUACCUAACACUUCGCCAAAACUGUUUACCCUUCAUUUAACCUUUACAGAUGCCAUCUUGUAGAAGCAUCUCUUAUUUACAACAUUCCUAGUAUGAACCUUAGUCCUGGCUUUGUCUUUGUAGAUGCCUUCCUCUCUCAUAACAUUACUGAAUGCUCUAAACUUCAGAACACUCGUGACUACUUUAUCAUCUCCUCUUCUUACCUCUUCGCCUUUCCCAUAUUUUUAUUGUUUUUGUUGCUUUCUGCUUUGAUGGGUUAUGUCCUAAGUUUUUUUUUUUUUCUCCUCAGUUAGGUUUUUGCCCUGGUCAAUAUCUCUCCUACAGUGCUCCUCUGUUCUCUUGGCCCUCUAUCACCGCUACUAUUACUGCUAUCUCUUCUUUACUACUACACUCUGCCAUUAUUUGUCCUUAGGUUUUCACUACUACUACUAUUUCUGCUAAUUUCUUAUUUCUUCCUCUGCAACUGCUACACUACUACUACUUACAUCGCUAUUUACUACUACCAAUGCUACUACUACUACUGCUAUUUACUGUUACUACUUCUACUACCACCACUAAUACCACCUGGUUUCUCCUUCCAUUCUUUCUUCGGUCUUUACCUUUUUUCUCGCUUUGUUGUGACUACAACUAGAUCUUUCACUAUCACUUCAUUCUUUUACCACCACUACUACUAUUGUUACUACCUCAUCACUACUACCACCACUACUACUACUACCACCUUUCUGUUCUCUCCCCACCACUUCUCGUAUAUAUUUCGGCCUUCGCUUCUCGCUUCAGUGUGACUUAUCAGUGGUUCAAGUCGGACCAAAAUGUCGUCAUAGAUUUUAGUUUCGUAAGUGCCGGUUAUUGGUAUAGUGUUCCAGCCACGGUAUAAUGAGUUUUUAGUCUUCAUAACAUUAAUAUUCUGUGUUGUAUCAUUAAAGUAAAGAAAAAAAAUUUCCGCUACAUAAUGUCUACUUAACCCUGGAAUAUAUGUUUUAUCCUUCCUUUAUUUUCUUUAUCCUCUGUUGUGCGGCCAGAAGCAACAGCCUGGUUGAUCAGACCCUGAUCCACCGCGAGGCCUGGUCAUGGACCGGGCUGCGGGGGAAUUGACCCCAAAGCCCCCUCCAGGUAUCCAUGAUUUCAUAGUUAAAGGAAGGAGUUCAGUGCCUUGAUGCUAGUAAUGGUAUGGAUAAUUAGAACCUUCAGAACUAGGGAUGCCAAGCCAAUGAUGAUUCUCUUCAAAUCACUUAUUCUCUCUAGGAUGGAGUACAGUAAUGGCCCCUUUCAAGGUAGGCAAAACUGCUGACCUGGAGAAUAUACAGAGAACUUUCACUGCACACGCAAGUACAAUAAAGCACCUAAAGUACUGGGAACGGUUGAAAUCCCUUGACUUGUACUCCUUGGAAUGCAGGCGAGAAAGACGCAUGAUAAUAUAAUCGUGGAGGAGCGUUAAACCCAUUGGAUUAUACAGUGCCUGUAGGGGUGGGGGGAUGGAAGGUAUUCAGGGAACUGGAACACAGACCCAAUUCCAUGGAUCAAGAGCCCCUUACCAGCAUCAAGGACCUCCCUUGAGGAGCAUAUGAUAAUAUACACUUAAAAAAAAUCCUAGAGGGACUAGUCCCAAAUCUGCACAUGGAAAUCACUCCCUACGAAAGCUAACCUCUUCAAUGAAGGGGGGCUCCUUGGCGUGGUGAAGAGGCUCUUGGUCUGAGGAAUUAGACUUGUCGGUCUCCUUCCUCAGACCGAACCUAAUUACCCCCCAAUCCCCCCUUCCCUAUCCCUUCCUCCUCCUCCUCCCCACCCCUCCCUUUUGCCCUUCCUCUUUUUGGCCUUUGGGAUUUUUCCCACAGGCACACUAGUUCAUAGGGGGAAGGGUACCAGGGUCCAUCCCAUUCCAUUGAGGUUCUUGGUGGUGGCGUAGUUUGCCGUGGGAUCUGGAUCACCUGGGGAUGUCCCGAUCCCUCUCCGGUAUCCCGGAGGAUGGCUAUGGGUGUCUUUCAGGCGACGGGUGUAUCUCUGGAAGCCACCUUUCGGAUUCCGGAGGUGGUGGCCGAAGGAGGUAUGCUUUGUGGUGGAUAUCUGGCUGCCCUCUCUUUUGUCCACUGAGGUAGCUCAGCAGAUGUGAGGUUGCUAUCCCGGAUUGCUGGUUUACUGGCAUGAAGAGUAGGGUAUGGCACGGGUUCCAUGCUGCAUCUGCGCUACUUGAGGUGCUGAGGUCCUCUUGGGCGCGGAGGGAGAUUUCUGGCCCUUUCAUUCCUCCUAGGAACUAUCCCUCCCCGGUCCCCCCCUUUUUUUUAUUUUCUUUUUUUGUUUUUAAGAAAAAAAAAGAAAAGUAACCUAACCAUGGAGUCCCAAAUCCAUGACCCCGCUACCCCCGGGCCCCUUAUUGUUACCACACCCUGUUCUGACCUUGCCUCGUCUUUUGGCCACUCCUAAAGGCCCCUGUAUCUCUUGCUGGUGCUGUUUCCUCACCCGCUUCAGGUGCCGGGGUUUCAACUGACUCCUUUGAUUUGUCUGACCUCCGCUUUCCUUUGACUAUGCUUCCAGCCUCUCCCUCUAUGGUGUGGCAAUUUUCAAAUCGCCAGCCCGUCCCAUGUUGGACCGACUCUGGUCCCACUUCUAAACGCCAACGACAAUCUCCUGAUGAUGUUACUUCAUUACCUUCCCAUUCUACUUGGAAAAGACCAACAUGUCACGCACUCCCUCUCCACACAGUUUUGGACCACACAAUGGACUAAAUACUUUAAGACUGACUUCUUCUACUGCCUAUCUUUCCGACCAUAGUAUUGGCAAAAGAGCUCCUACGCCACGUUGGUAGAGAUAUUUCCUUUCAUGCCCUUAAGAGUGGUACAUGCAUCAUCACAGUCCAGAAUUCUACCCAAGCUCAUGAUCUUUCUCUUUCACAUAUCGAUACUAUUCCUAUCACUAAUGAGAAACAUCAUUCCCUCAAUUCUUGUAGUGGUACUGUUAUUCUGCCCCAUACCAUAGUCCAACAGAAUUUCCAGACAUGUGGCAAUGACAUUCUCGAACAGCUGGAACUCCAAGAUCUCCCAAUUCUCACGGUAGACACUUAUGAUCUUCCUGCCCGCAGGCGAAGACGAUACCCUUGCAAUGUGGCUCAUUUAACUUUUGACAGCCAUGAACUCCCAUCCUCUGUUUAUGUAGCAGGACAUAGGUUACAAGUUCGGAAGGUGAUCCCUACACCACAACAGUGUAGGAAUUGCUGGUGAUUUGGCCACCCAGCAAAAUAUUGCAGAUCUAUAGCCGAAUGCCCAGUCUAUGGUGCCGAUGACCAUUCUAAUACGUCUUGCAGUCGAACUCCCUCUUGCCUUAAUUGUCAUGAGGCUCACCCUUUGUACUCUCGCCCUUGCCAGGUCUACUUAAAUGAGCGGGAAAUUCGUCGCCUCAAAGAGGCAGAAGGUCUCCCUUAUGCCAUGGCAGUUUCUCAUCUCUGCCUCCAAGGGAAACUACCCCGUGUUUCUUAUUCUCCUGUUUCAAAACGCCCCCCCCCCAUCUUCUGCAACCUCCUCUGCGGUUGCCAGUCCCAUAGUCACUCCUGUAUCUAAUUCUUUUGCUGUCCUGGGCUCAGACGUCCCUACUUCAACACCUCAGUCCAUCCUCACUUCUUCAUGUUCUCCCUCACAAACCCUGGUAUCCACAAGACCUCAUACGACACCUUCUCCCAAUCGUCUCUCUACUUCUCAGAGGUCCAAAAAAUCUCCUUUAACCCCUCCUUCCCUUCAUCCACCUCCACAUUUUACCUUCCUGGUCUCUGUACCUAGGUCUUCCCCUUUCACUGGCUCUGUUACAAGUGUGGAGGUUCAUCCUCCUCCUUGUACUGUGCCUUCCUCCCCUGUCCCCUCCCAAGUUUCUUCCUCUUCUGCCACCUCGCAGGUUUCUGCCUCUUCUGUCCCCUCCCACACUUCUUCAGUUCCCUCCACCCUUUUGCCCCCCCCCCACCUUGAUACAGUCCAUUACAGUUCUGAUCUUUACUCAAACUCCUCCUCCUUCCAUCUCCAAUAUUGUCUCUCAUACGACGUCUCUGAACUCCGAAACACUUGAAGCAAUCUCUGAAUAUAUUGCAGAGACCAAACCAUCAAUGGACACUGAUCCACCCUCUGUUCCUUCUCUUUCCUCUUCUCCACCUGCGCAACUCCUUUCUUCACAGUGCACCGUUCCUUCGCUGCUUGAACGUUUUCCUUUGCCACCGCAUGUGGACUUUUCUAACCCCUCUAGUACGUAGGUACCCUUACCUGCGGAUUUCAGGUAUCUUUAUCAUUGCCAAUUAUGGUCUAUUUACAGUGGAAUAUAUGUGGCCUCAGGAGUAAUUGGGGUGAGCUUCAGUUGUUGCUCUCCCAGUUUUCCCCUGUUGGUGUUUGCUUACAGGAACCAAAAUUACACUGUUAUCUAUCCCAUCUCAGGCUAUAAUUUAUUGUAUUCUUCAGAUCCUUUUCCUGAUGGGACCUUUAAUGAAAGUGCCCUUCUUCUAUGCAUUGAUAUUCCAUACCAUCAGCUAUUUGUUCGUACUUCGCUGCAUUACACAGCAGCCCGUAUCCACUUGCAUAGGUGGUAUACACUGUUCUUUGUAUCUCUCUCCUCCUCGGGCAUUAUCUAUCCCGGAUAUUGCCUUUCUUGUUUCGUCAUUACCGCCACCACUUCUGUUACUUGGCGAUUUUAAUGCCCAUCAUUUCCUCGGGGGGGGGGGGGGGGAGGGAAUCUCACUGUGAUUCCCGUGGCAUUCAGUUAGAGGCUUUUCCUGCUGCCCGCCCCCUCCAUGUUCUAAAUACAGGUACUCAAACCCAUUUUGAUCCUCGGACUCAUACUCUCUCUUCCAUCGAUCUUUCAGUCUGCUCUUCCUCCGCCGCAUUAGACUUCACCUGGUGUGUUCUCCCGGAUUUACAUGACAGCGAUCAUUUCCCAAUCAUUCUUACUUCCCCUUCACAUUCGCCACCUCUUCGUAACCCACGCUGGCAAUUUGAUCAGGCAAAUUGGAACCUUUACUCAUGACUAACUAUUUUGAGUGAGGUUUCUUCUUCAUCCUCCAUUGAUGAGCUUUUAUACCUCUUCUCGUCCUCCGUUUUAACCACAGCUUCUCAUUCUAUACCCCAAAUUCCCUUGUGGCUUAGCGCUUCUUUUUGAUUAUAAUAAUAUACCCCAAACUUCGGGCAGGCAUUCUCAGAAAUGCAUGCCUUGGUGGUCUCCUGCGUACAAUAGAACCACGGAGAGACUACUAUAACCCUUAAACGGUCCAAACGUAUAUAUACGUUCACGCGCGUAGCGCCCCAAACGUAUAUAUACGUUUUCUUUGUCAUUCAUUCAACGUUGCCACAAUAAGCCUGAGUCACCUAGACAUGAGAGAAUGGGUGUGUGCACUCACUGUGUGCCAUAUUAAAAUAAUUGGGGAUAUCUGGGUACCAUAUGCUCUUUUUUCCUUUUAAAAGAAAAGAUUUUUUUUUUCCUCAAAAAAUUUGGGGUGCUACGCGAGUGAACGUAUAUAUACGUUUGGACCAAUUAAGGGUUAAGCGGAAGCGUGCGAUCGCUCACCGUGACACUAAACGCACUUGCUGGCAAGAUUGUCUCCACCAUCACCUCUGCUUUCUCUGAGUGCAGUCUGGAAAAUAGUACGAAAACUGAGUGGUAAAUAUUCUCCUGACCCGGCUCCUGUUCUGCGGGUUGCUGGUGUUGAUAUAGCAAACCCACUGGAUGUUGCCAAUGAAAUUGGCAAUCAUCUGGUCCGUAUUUCUCAGGGGCUCCAUCUCUGCCCCUCGUUUCUUUCCUCAAAGUCUGCCAGAGAGUUAGCACCCUUGGACUUUUCUUCUCUCAGAGAAGAACAGUAUGUGCCUUUUACACUUCAGGAACUGGAGGCAACACACUCAGCUUGCCGCCGAUCAUUGGCAGCUGGGCCCGACGACAUUCAUAUUCGUAUGCUACAACAUUUACAUCAGUCAGCCCUAGCAGUCCUAUUAUGCCUUUUCAAUCUUAUUUGGUCACAAGGAGUUCUUCCACAGCUGUGGAAAUCUGCCAUUCCUCUCCCUUUCCACAAACCGGGCACUACAGGACAUGAAACCUCCCACUAUCGUCCCAUUGCUCUUACCAGUGCAGUUUGCAGUGAUGGAACGCUUGGUAAAUAGACGUUUAGUGUGGUAUUUAGAGACAACAGUCUCUCCACUCGUCAAUACGGCUUUCGUAAGGGCCGUUCUACCAUAGACCCCUUACUAUGCUUGGAUACGUAUGUUUGUAAUGCCUUUGCAAAUAACCACUCAGUUAUUGCCAUGUUUUUUGACCUUGAGAAGGCAUAUGACACAACUUGGAGGUAUGAUAUUUUGGCCCAAGCCCACUCCUUAGGCCUUCGAGGCAAUCUACCAUCCUUCCUUAAGAACUUUUUAACUGACAGACAUUUCUGUGUUCGGGUUAAUAAUGUGCUCUCCCCCUACUUUAUCCAAGCCGAAGGUGUCCCCUAGGGAUGUGUUCUGAGCACAACACUUUCUCCUUGCUAUAAAUGAUUUGGCCUCUAGUCUUCCAUCCAAUAUUUGAUCAUCACUCUAUGUUGAUGACUUCGCUAUUGCCUGUGCAGGCGCUGACUGUCACCUCAUUACAGUUUCUCUCCAGCAUGCUGUUGACCGUGUUUCCAAUGGGGCCACCACACAUGGGUUUAAAUUUUCCAGUACCAAAACUCGCCAAAUUACUUUCACUAGAUGCUCUGUCGUCUCCGAUCAUCCUUUGUACCUCUAUGGCUCCCGUAUCCCUGAACAUGAUAGUCACAUUUCAAGGCCUCCUCUUUGACCGUAGGUUAUCCUGGAAACCUCACAUUACCUCUCUGAAGGCAACUUGUCACAGCCAGCUGAACCUUCUUAAAACACUUGCUCAUAUUUCACGGGGAGCUGAUUGUCGAACUCUCCUUUGCCUACAUUCCGCCCUCAUUUUAUCGAAACUUGAUUAUGGUGACCAGAUCUAUUCAGCGGCCUCUCCUGCUACUCUCUCUAGCCUUAACCCCAUUCAUCACCAAGGAUUACAUUUAUACCUUGGUGCUUUUCACUCUUUCCCUGUUGAGAGCCUCUAUGCAGAAGUGAACGUUCCAUCCUUAUCCGAUCGCCGUGAUGCCCAUUGCCUUCACUAUGUACGCUCUCAUGAUCUCCGCAAUCCUUCCAUUUAUAGAAUGGUCACCAAUAUUAGUAGACAUUAUUUGUUUGCCGCCCCUGUUUGCUCCGUCCCUUCUCCCUUCGCCUACAUUCGCUCUUGUCUUCUCUUCAGUUACCACCUUUCUAUGUUCAUGUAGCAUCUCACUUUUCCCUACCCCACUGGGAAGUUCCAGCUGUUUGAGUCUGUUCUUUCUCACUCCCUUGCUCGAAAACCCAACUGUCUACAGUAGCUUCCUGCUCUUUUUCUUGACCACUUCCACUCAUUCUCAUGCCAUUGCAGUGUACACAGAUGGCUCUAAGUCUUCUGACGGCAUAGGAUUCGCAGCAGUGUUUCUGGACAGCGUCGUACAAGGGCAUUUACUAUCUUUGGCUAGUAUUUUUACUGCUGAAUUGUAUGCCAUCCUUGCAGCACUUAUCCGUAUUGCAUCUAUGCCUGUGUCAUCAUUUGUGGUUGUCUCAGACUCCCUUAGUGCUUUACAAGCUAUACAGAAAUUUGAUACACCUCACCCCUUAGUCCUCCAUAUCCAACUUUGGCUACGCCGCAUCUUUACCAAGCAUAAAGAUAUUGUUUUUUGUUGGGUCCCUGGUCAUGUUGACAUACAGGGCAAUGAACAGGCAGACACUGCUGCACGGUCAGCAGCACAUUACCUACCAGUUUCAUAUAGAGGUAUUCCAUUUACGGACUAUUUUGCUGCAAUAUCUUCUCACCUGUUGGCAACAACGUUGGUCUACUAUGCUCGGUAACAAACUUCAAUCCAUUAAACCGAGUAUAGGUUACUGGCCGUCUUCUUAUCACCAGUGUCGAGGUUGGGAGACUACUCUCUCCCGUCUUCGCAUUGGCCAUACUCGUCUUACUUGUGGAUAUCUCAUGGAGAGGUGCCCUGUUCCUCUCUGUGAGAAUUGCCAGGCUCCAUUAUCAGUCAGCCACAUUCUGUUGGACUGCUCACUUUAUCAACGAGCACAUAGAAUUUACCUCCGUCGUCAUCUUCGCUCCACUGCUCUCUUUACCUUCCUUUCUCGCUGAUGGACCCACCUUUCAUCCGGACACUCUCAUUGACUUUUUGACAACUGACUUCACAAAUUCUGAUACCUUCAGCCCUUUCUACUUCAAUCUCUUGCUACCCUCUACUCCCGUACUAUCCCCUGCCCCGCUGUUUUCUGUAACCUACUGAUCAUCCCUUCUGCCGCCCAAUACCCUCGCUUCCUUCCCUAUCCUGCAGCGCUGUACAGCCCUUGUGGCUUAGUGCUUCUUUUUUAUUAUAAUAAUUUGCUGCAAUAGCUACCCACCUUCACACCCGUUGGUCUACUGUGCUCGGUAACAAACUUCAAUCUAUUAAACCGAGUAUAGGUUACUGGCAACCUUCUUAUCACCAGUGUCGAGGUUGGGAGACUACUCUCUCCCGUCUUCGCAUUGGCCAUAAUCGUCUUGCUCGUGGAUAUCUCAUGGAGAGGCGCCCUGCUCCUCUGUGAGAAUUGUCAGGUUCCAUUAUCGGUCAGCCACAUUCUGUUAGACUGCCCACUUUAUCAACGAGCAUGCAGAAUUUACCUCCGACGUUGUCUUCGCUCCGCUGCUCUCUCUUUAGCUUCCCUUCUUGCUGAUGGACCCACCUUUCAUCCAGACACUCUCAUUGACUUUUUGACAACAACUGACUUCACAAACUCUGAUGAUGAUACCUUUAGCGCUCCCCUCAGCCCUACCUCGAUCUCUUGCUACCCUCUGCCCCCGCACUAUCCCCUGCCCCGCUGUUUUCUGUAACCUACUGAUCAUCCCUCCCCCAUUCUGCUGCCCAAUACCCUCGCUUCCUUCCCUACCCUGCAGCGCUGUAUAGCCCUUGUGGCUUAGCGCUUCUUUUUGAUUAUAAUACGAAAGCUAGACUCGGCGCAACAUCCUUCCCCUCCAGUGAAAGCAGGGAUGCCAUGAGUAUGCUAAGAGACAAAAGUAAUACUGUUGACACAGUGUCAUCGGCACAAUAUUGUUCAACUGCCUCCCAUCACAUGUUAGGGGGAUUACCAAUAGACUCCUGGUUGUCUUCAAGAGGGAGCUGGACAGGCACCUGAAGUCAGUACCUGACCACUCAGGCUGUGGUUCAUACAUCGGGUUUCAUGCGGCCAGCAGUAACAGCCUGUUUGAUCGGGCCCUGAUCUACAAUGAAGCCUGGUCAUGAACCACACUCAAGGAAGGUUCCUUGAUGCUGGUGAGGGACUCUUGAUCUUGGUAAUUGGAUCUGUGCUCCAGUUCCCUGAAUACCUUCCAUCCCUCCCACAGGUGCUGUAUAAUCCUACGGGUUUAGCGCUUCCCCCCCCUCAAGGAAGGUUCCUUGAUGUUGGUGAGGGGCUCUUGAUUUAGGGAAUUGGAUCUGUGCUCCAGUUCCCCGAAUUAAGCCUGAAUGCCUUCCACAUCCCCCCCCCCAGGCGCUGUAUAAUCCUCCGGGUUUAGCGCUUCCCCCUUGAUUAUAAUAAUAAUAAUUAGCGCUUCCCCCUUGAUUAUAAAAAUAAAGGUCAUGAACCGAGGAGUGGGGGCACUGACCCCCGAAACACUCCAGGUAUCAUAUUUCCAUUCAGUACUUAAGGUAAUCGAUUUGUGGUCUCUUGGGCCAAGUUCUUUUGUAAUCUCUGAAUUAUUAACAAGAGUAUCCUUGUUAGCCAGAACAAAAUUAAGCAAGUUAUUUUCCCCCUUGGUUAUUUCACAAAUUGAUUUAAAAAACAAUCUUGAAUUACCUCUAGGAAGUCAUUUGACUCGAGAUUCCCAGUUAAGGAAUUCCAAACAAUUUGAUUAUAAUCUCUCAUAUACUUCAAUGACAUCUCCCCCUCAUGAAAAAAAAAAAAAGCUCUUUGGGCGGGGAUUGAACUCGUGGCGAGCGAGUCAUUAUUAUAAUCAUGGAGCGCGAAACCAGCAGGAUUAUACAGCGCAUGUAGGGGGGGAAUGGAAGUUACUCAGGCUCAAUUCAAGAAACUGGAGCACAGGUCCAAGAGCCCUUCACCAGCAUCAAGGAACCUCCCUUGAGGGGGAGAGUCGUAAAACUCCAGGCCAGUAAGUAAGCCACUGGGCAAGCUGUUUUAAGACUCACGAAUUCAGUCCCCGCCAGUGGUAUGAUUUUUUUUAUAUCACGUCAUUGCGAUUUCGUGAGUCAUCUCCCCUCAUCCUACGUCUCUCGAGAAAGUGAAGGUUCAAGGUUCUCAUUUCAUCCUUGUCGUGGGGAGUUCGUGAGGAGAUAUUGGAGUAAGAAAUACACACGAGAGUCUUGUGGAGAAGCCCAGUCUAUACCUAGCAGGAAACUGACCACGAGGCCUCUGGCCGACCGUUCACGUGUGAGGAUCUUGUCACAGCUAGCAGGGGAGCCUAUCUAUAAUGUAGCUGGGAUUAUCUAAGUACUGUACACAGUAACGUUACCGACAUCCUCAUAUGAUUCCUUAUACUGUGGAUUCAUAGUCAUGCUUCUCUGUAUGUUCUCCAAUACAUUUAUAUCCAUUCUAUAUCCGUAAACUACUAAUCAUCCCUCUCCCUUUUGCCACCUGAUACCCUCGCUUCCUUCCCUGCCCCCGCAGCACUGUAUAACCCUUGUGGUUUAGCGUUUCUUUUUUUAUAAUAAUAUAUCCAUUCUAUAGUAUGGCAACCAAAACUGAGCUGCAUAAUCUAAGUGAGGCCUUAUUAGUGAUACAUAGAACUGUAAAACAACUUUUGGACUAGUUACUUUCACUUCUCGAUACGAAAGCAAGACUCGGCGGAAGAUGCAACAUUCUUCCAUGAAAAGCAGGGGCGCCACAAGUACACCAAGAGACAACACAAAAAGUGUCAGGAGCCCAAGACUGUUCAACUGCCUCCCAGCAUAUGUAAGGGGAUUACCAAUAGACCCUUGGCUGUCUUCAAGGAGCUGGGCAGGCACCUAAAGUCAGUACCUGAUCAGCCGGGCUAUGGUUCUUACGUCGGUUUACCGUCCCUUUUCACUUCGCCUACAUUCACUCGUCUUCCCUUCAGUUGCCACCUUUCUUUGUUCAUGUAGCAUCUCACUUUUCCCUGCCCACCUGGGAAGUUCCAGCUGUUCGAGUUUGUUCUUUCUCACUCCCUUGCUCAAAAGCCCAACUACCUACGGUAGCUUCCCGCUCUCUUUUUCUUGACUACUUCCAUUCUCAUUCUCAUGCCAUUGCAGUGUACACAGAUGGCUGUAAGUCUUUUGAUGGUGUCGGAUUCGUAGCAAUGUUUCCGGACAGUGUCGUGCGAGGGCAUUUACUGACUUCGGCUAGCAUUUUUACUGUUGAAUUGUAUGCCAUUCUUGCAGCACUUAUCCGUAUUGCAUCUUUGCCUGUGUCAUCAUUUGUGGUUGUCUCAGACUCCCUUAGUGCUUUACAGGCUAUACAAAAAUUUGAUACACCUCACCCUCUAGUUCUCUGUAUCCAAAUAUAAGAUAUUAUUUUUUGUUGGGUCCCUGGUCAUGUUGACAUACAGGGCAAUGAACAGGCAGACACUGCUGCACGGUCAGCAGUGCAUGACCUUCCAGUUUCAUAUAGAGGUGUUCCAUUCAUGGACUAUUUUGCUGUUAUAGCUACCCACCUUCAUACCUGUUGGCAACAACGUUGGUCUGCUCUGCUUAAUAACAAACUUCGUUCUAUUAAACCGAGUAUAGGUUACUGGCCGUCUUCUUGUCAUCAGUGUCGAGGUUGGGAGACUACUCUCUCCCGCCUUUGCAUUGGCCACACUAGUCUUACUCAUGGGUAUCUCGUGGAGAGGCGCCUUGCUCCUCUCUUUGAGAAUUGUCAGGUUCCAGUAUCAGUCAGCCACAUUCUGUUAGACUGCCCAAUCUAUCAACGAGCAUACAGAAUUUACCUCCGUCGUCUUCGUUCUGUGGAGUGGUGCAAUACCAAUGGCUUUUAAUGACUGUAGGAUGACUCCAGUGUCUAGGCUUCUUCACAGAAUAUUUAAAGCAUGUAAUAAGGGUUUCUUGCAGUUCUCAAUAUCUAGUUCCCAGAGUCAGACUGGGGCAGAGAGCACGAGGUAUAACGGCUUCUUUGAAGUCAUGAAGGGUUCGAAUCGUAUCAGACUAGGGACGUGUCUGCAUUAUUAUAAUCAUGGGGGAGUGCUAAACCCGUAGGAUUAUAUCGCACGUUGGGGGGGUGGAAGGUAUUCAGGGAACCGGAGCACAGAUCCAAUUCCCUAGAUCAAGAGCCCUUCACAAGCGUCAAGGAACCUCCCUCGAGGGAAGGAUGUCAAACAUACGAACCACAGCCUGGCUGACUGGGUACUAACUUUAGGUAUCAGUCCAGUUCCCUUUUGAAGGCAGCCAGGGAUCUACUGGUAAUUUCCUUUAUGCAUGGUGGGAGGCUAUUGAACAGCCUUGGGCCCCAGACACUUAUAUUUUAUCUUUAGUGUACUCAUUUCGCCCCUACUUCUCAUUGGGGGGUACGUUGCACCAUCUUGCUUUUGUAGGCAAUGAUUGAUAUGUGCAGAUUUGGUACCAGUCACUCUAGGAUUUUCCAGGCGUAGAUUAUUACUCAUCUUGUCUGCAUUCGAAGGAGUACAGAUUGAGACUCUAAAUAUUCUCAGUAAUUAAAGUGCUGACUGAACUUACACAUGCAAUGAAGGUUCUCUAUACCGUUUCUAGAUCUGAAAUUUCACCUACUUUGAAAUGGGCUGUUAAUGAACAGUAGUAUUCCAGCCUAGAGAAAAAGUGAUUUAAAAAGGAUAUCAUUGGCCUGGCAUCACUUGUUUUGAAAGAUAUCAUUUUCCUUGCAGAUGUGAUUGUAACAUUGUUGUGAUUCUUGAAGGUGAAAUCCUCUGAUGUUAACAUUUCCAAAUCCUUCAUAUACUUAAGAUCCAUCUGCCCACCUUUCCAGUUAUUCCUUUUGCAUGCAUUUUGUGUGCUAUUACACCUUGAUUAUACUUGUCGAAGAUUUUUGAGUCUGUGUAUAAUAUCUGCAUUCUGUUUGUCCUUCCGUACAUCCAAGAUAAUGUCAUAGUGGUCCAGUAGAUGCGACAGGAAGAAGCAACCUGCUCUAAACCCAUGCUGCUCUUGAUUGCAGAGCUGUUGGGAAUUCAAGUGGUUGGCGAUCAUAAUUCUUAUAACUCUUUCAAAGAUUUUUAUAAUGUGGGACAUUUGUAUUAUGGUCUAUAAUUCUUUGCUGCCACCUUUAUGGAGCGGGGCUAUAUCAGUUGAUUUUACCAACUGUGGGAUGACACCCAUGUUCAGGCUCCCUCUCCACAGCAUACUUAAGGCACACAAAAAAGGGUUUCUUAGCUCUUGAUGAACACGAGGUUUCACGAGUCUGGGCCUGGGGCAGAGAGCAUGGAAAUGUUGUCAAUGACUUUUUCAAAGUCCAGUGGAAUUAGGAUUAUGUCAGAAACUUGGCAUACAUUGACAGGGUUUCGAGGCUCAUUCAUAAAAAAUUCAUUCAGGUUACCGAUCUUUAGUCUGAUCAAUGGCUCACUAAACAGCAUCAUACUGAAACUUCGCCAUUUCACUUACCUCUUUACUGUCGUCUGCGUAAUUCCCAUCUUGUUUAAGCAAGGGCCUGAUACUGGAUGUUGUUCUUGCCUUCUGUUUGGAAUAUACCGGAAGUAUACCUGGACGGUGCUUCAGAUGUCAACCCCCCAUACCAGGUCUCAUGGUGGCUCAGGAUCUAAUCAUCCAGGCUGUUACUGCCAGCAACACACAAUCCAAUAUACCACCCACAGACUGGCUAGUUGGGUACUGACUAGCUCCCACUUGAAGACAGGGGUCUGUUGGUAAUUCCUCUUAUGAAUACUGGGAGGCACUGUCUUAUCUCUUAGUGUACUCCUGGCAUCCCUGCUUUUCACUGGGGGGAUGUUGCACUGCUUACCGAGUCUCUUGUUUUCGUAGGGAGAGAGGAAAAUAUGACCAUUAAAAUCACCUAAUAAGAGGUGGCGGUAAGGAAGAAACAGAAACGUAAUAAUCUGGAAUAGAUAAUGCUAGAGAAGGAGAAAGAUACAAAGAGCAUAUUGUAUACCACUUGUUCAAGUAGAUGCAGGCUACAGUAUAAUGCAGCAAAGUAUGAACAAAGAUCUGAUGGAAUGGUACACCAGUACGUACAAGAAGUGCAAAUUCAUUAAAAGUUCCAUUGGGAAAAGGAAUGGACGAAUGCAAUAAAAUAUAGCCCAAGACGGGUAAUGAAUAAUUUAGGUUCUUGUAAAGACACAAAUGGGAAAACUGGGAGAGAAACACCUGAAGCUCACCCCAAUUACCCCUGAGGCCUUGAAUAUUUCACUGUCAAUAAGCCAUGAUUUACGAAGAAAAGUAACGCUGGUAACAUGAAGCAGUAGGUGUCUACGGACUAGUAGGCUACAUGAGGAGGUAGCAGAAGACAAGUAAGCAGCGAAGGAUUGGGAUGCUGUGAAGAAAUGAGUAGUGAAGAUGGUUGGGGAAAGUGAGGAUGAGGAGUGAUGGGAGGUGGAUCGGUGUCCAUCAUUGGUUUUGUCUCCUCAAUAUAUUCAGAAAUAGUUUCAAGCAUUUCAGAGGACAAGGAAGUUGCAGAUGCCUCAACAUACGAGAUAGGAGGAGGGUGAGUAAAGAUUGGAGACAUGAUGAAGUUACCAAAGAAGGGGGGAUGAGAGGUUAAUUAGCUUGGGAGGGGACAGGAGAAGAAACUUGGGAGUGAACAGGAAGAAACUUGGGAGGGAACAGGAGAGGAGGAAACUUGGGAGGGAACAGGAGAGGAGGAAACUUGGGAGGGAACAGGAGAGGAGGAAACUUGGGAGGGAACAGGAGAGGAGGGUACUGUACAAGGGAGAGGAUGAACCUUCACACAUUUAACAGACAGUAAGAGGUAAAGAACUAGGCACAGAGACUGGAAAGGAAAAACGUUUGGGAAGGAUAAGUGAAGAUGAUUUGAACUAUGGGGAUGGUUUAGAUAUUGGAGUAGAGAGAUGAAGGGAAGGUGUAGUUGUGGGAGGUCUUGUAGACACAGAAUUUGAAGACUCGAGAACAGUUUGAGGUGAUGAGGUAGGAACAUCAAGAGUCCAGAGCUGCAAAAAGUUAGAAACAGAGGUGACUGUGGGUAUUGUUGUCACCAUAGAGGAGAUUGUGGAAGUAGGUAUUACCAAGGCUGGAGGUAACUUAGUAACUCUUGAAUAAGAAAGUUGUGGAAAUCUCCCUUGGAGACAGAGAUGAGAGACUGCCAUGGCGUAGUGAGACCCUCUUUCUCUUUGAUAGCGGAUUUCUUGUUCUUUUAAGUAAACUUCGCAACGGCGAGAAUAAGCCAGGUGAGCCUCAUACAAUUAAGGCAAGAGGGAGGUAGGAUGCAGGAUGUAUUGGUAUGGUCAGCAGCACCACAAACUGAACAUUCUGCCUUGGACAUGCAAUAUUUUGCUGGGUGGCCGAAGUACCAGCAAUUUCUACACUGCUGUGGUGUAGGGAUUGACUCUCGGACUUGUAAACAGUGUCCUGCAAUACAAAAUAAGGAAAGGAAAGCGUCUCUGCCCAUGGGCAGGUAGUACUUAAGUGUCUACUUUGAGAAUUGGGAGGUCUUGGAGCUCAAGUUGCUCCAGAAUGUCAGCAUCACAUGUCCGGAAAUCAUGCUGCAUAACAGUAUGAGGGAGAAUGAUGGUACCACUGCAAGAAUUGAGAGAAAUGUGUUUUCUAAUCAUUACAGGAAUAUAGUCUAUGGAAGUAAGGAGGGAAAGAUUAUGAGCCUGGACCAACAUGGCACAAGAGUGCCUUGCUGAUACUACGAUCAGAUAGUGGGAGAUGUCAGCCACAGAGUGAAAAACUUAGUCCAUUGUGUACUUUGAAACAUAGUGUGUGAGGGAAGUGUUGUGCUAGUCUUUUCUGGGAAGAGUGAGAGGUAGUCGAAGCAGUGUCAUCUGUUAAUGAUCAUGGUCGUUUAGGUGUGGGACCAGAGGUGGUCUGACCAAAGAUGUGCAGGCGAUCUGAAAAUUGUUGCACAGUAGAGGGUGAUGCCAGAAGCAUAGUCAAAGAUGUACAGAGGUUGGAUGCAUCAAAGGAGUCAGGCAUAAUCCUGGUACCAGGGGCAGGCAACGAAGUGUUACCCACAGAAAGUACAGGGGUGUUAGAAAGAUUCAAAGAAUGGUCUGAUAACAAGGCAGGGUCAGAAAAAGGCACCACAGCAAAGGGUCUGGGAGGAAAAGUAUCACGGACUUGGGACUCCAUGGUUAGAUCAAUGUCACUCGUUUUCCCAAAGAAAAAAAAAAAAGGGAGGGGGGAGGGGGGUUGGAACAAGAGGACCCCAGUAGCACCAAUAGUGCAGAUGCAGCAUGGAACCUGUGCCAUACCCUACCUUUCAUGCCAGUAAACCGACAAUCCAGGACAGCAACCUCACAUCCUCUGAACCACCUCGGUGGACAAAAGAUAGGGUGGUUGGAAACCUGCCACAAGGCAUACCUCCUUCGGCUACCAUCUCCCAAAAACCGACAGGUUGCCUCUAGAGAUACACUCGUCAUCUGAAAGACAUCACAAGCCACCCUCUGAGUCACCAGAGGGAUUGGGAUAUCCCCUGAUGAUCCAAAUUCCACAACAAACUACACCAAAACCACAAAUGGGAUGGACAGCUAUACCCCCCCCCUCAAGGAAGGUUCCUUGAUGUUGGCGAGGGGCUCUUGAUUUAGGGAAUUGGAUCUGUGCUCCAGUUCCCCGAAUUAAGCCUGAAUGCCUUCCACAUCCCCCCCCAGGCGCUGUAUAAUCCUCCGGGUUUAGCGCUUCCCCUUGAUUAUAAUAAUAAUAAUAAUAUACCCGUCCCCCAACCUAGGAGCUAGAAACAUGAGGGGAGGAUUCCAAAGGCCAAGAGGAGGAAAGAAGAGGUGAGGAAGGGAAAAGGAGAGGGGAGAGAAAGGAGAAGGGGAAAGGAGGGAUAGGAAGGAUGGGGGGAUUGGGGGGGUAAUUAGGUUCAGUCGGAGGAAAAAGACCAAAGGAUCCAAUUCUUCAGACCCCAAAGCCUCUUCACCAUGCCAAGGAAACCCCCUUGAAGAGGUAGCAUAGAUGAAACAUUUACCUCUUCAUAAAGGCUCGCAGGUUUCAGCUGAGGAGGAACAAAAAGCACCUAGACACAAACAUAAUUCUUGAUGAUAAAUGGAAUCAAGUACAGCUGGUAGAUGUAGUCAAAUUUAGAUAAGAUGAAAAAUAGUUUGCCUAUCAGCCCCCAAGGAUUUUAAAGGGGUUCAGUUAGCUAUGGCAAGCUGCUUUCAGGAAUUUAUGCAAGGCUUCCAGGAUGGUUGGUAAUCAAACAGAAGGCUGUAUCUCGUUCAUGGAUAUAGCAACGAUACAGGUAUAAUUAAAUAUUAUGGACAACAGGGCAAGAGAGGAUACACAAAGCAUACUAAUGGUAUGUAUCGUGGUACAUCACAAUGUAGUUUGAACACACUCAAAACGCUUAACAUAACUGUCCAAAAGAAAUGUACUUUCAAUAUCUGAAGAAUUAUUGUAGGUUAAAGGUAAAACAUUUAUAUUAAACAUAGCCACAGACAAAAUGUGUGUAUAAUGUACCUUGGCAUCUUGAUACAAAUACACACAAAAGAACUGUGAUUUUUGUUUUUUUAACAAGUCGGCCGUCUCCCACCGAAGCAGGGUGACCUAAAAAAAAAAGAAAGAAAAUCCCCAAAAAGAAAAUACUUUCAUCAUCAUUCAACACUUUCACCUCACUCAUACAUAAUCACUGUGAUAUAAACAUUUAAAGUUCUUCCAAUAGAUUAGGGUGAUCACUAAAGUCAGAAUGCAGUGGUAGAGGCAGACUAACUAGAUAUUGCUGUAUAACGUGUGUGAGUAUCACAACCAUGAAACCGAGAAAGCAGAAGAAGACUGUAACCUUGGUAUUAUUAUUUUGCUGAAAGUUAGACACUUAGUUCAUGAGGCUUGGAAAUUUGGAAAUGGUUUGUUAGGGUCAUUAUUUGGGUCUGACUUUCAAGACGAACAAAUAUUUGAUAAAUUUUCUAUAUCUAUCAAAAAGGAAGGCAGUGUAAGUUGAGAACAUGAAGGAAGAGCAGUGAAGAAGAGGCAUUGAAAGAUUUUUGAAGAGGAAAAAGGAGAAAAGUACUGAGUUUGCCAGUCAACUUAUGGCAAGAACAAGUUGGUCAAAACUGACUUCUCUAUACUAGAAUUUAAAAACUGCUAUAACACAAUAUAAUGUGAAGGAAACAUUAAGAAGUCAACAUUUUUUCAGUAGUUUAUAUUUUGCCGUUGAUCUGCUGCUGUACACAACUAGCAGGAUUGUACAAAUUAGCUAUCUCUAGAUUAUGUUCUAAAAUGUGGCACUCGUCUAGUUUUGCAGCCUUAACCCUAUAUGUACAAAGUUCAAAUAAAAAAAGAUGUUCAUCACUGUAUAGAAGAUCUACUUAAUUCAAAAUUUUCCCUGAUGAUGUUGUAUAUUACGACAACGCUGUAAUGCAAUACAUCUAAACAUUUAAAUUUCCUGGCUCACUCAGUCUUAAUGUAAUAAUAAUGAUUUGAGCAUGAUUCAUGUGUGUUUGUAGGCACACAGUCACUUCACAAAGAGCUGCAACAGAAAUAGUUCCACAGGCCAAUGUUGCCAAAUACAGCAGUCAUCAUACCAGACUACGGGUUGUUGGCGCAGCAAAACACACCCCAUCCCCCUAUACACUAGCAUAAUGGACCUCAAUGCAUUACAAUCACUACAAAAAAUCUAAACCUGAUUUUUGAGGGGGCUCUCAAAGUGCUCAGAGGAUUUACAUUUGAAAGUGCUACACACACAUUUUCUUGAGUGAAAAGGAACAGAAAACUAGCUUCUGAUCAGAUUCAUUCACAACACAAAUUACAUACAUCAAAUUUUAAAAAGCACCAUUUUUACAUUAAAACACUCCAGCUUCUACACUUUUCAAACAAAAUAAUUUACAACUACUGAUCUGAGGUGCCUUGCUUAGUGGUUUGGGAGUGGGGUGACUAGUACACCACAAAUGCCAAGUGCUGAAGAUCUGCCACUUGUUGAGGGUGUUGGUAAUGGUGCCUUUCAGGUUGUGUGCAUGUGAAAAUUGUACUUCAAAACAAAUUCAAGAAAAAAGUGCUGACUUUAGAGCGAGGCUAGUGUAAGAGGUGGGGAGGGGUUAAGGGCUCUCUCUCACCUGUUAACCAACAUUAACCUCCUCAUCCCUUGCAAGGACAAAAUUGCACACCUUAAAACUUACAAUAAAAUAUUAGAAUAUUUGUAGACAAACCAUAACCCAACACCCUAAACAAGCGUAAACAUUUCAGCACAAACUACAGGAAGAUGAGGUUGAAUUAAGUGCUGACUUCCUGAUAGUACCCGCAGCAUAAUGAAGACUGCACUCAUUUAUUGGAUGCCUUUAUCUUAACCUAUGUCCUCUUCUGCAUGGUAGGAGUUCUACUAAGCAGAAUAUUUGCUUUUCAGUUGCAAUAUGCAACUUUGCCACCUUUUCUGUCAACUUACAACCCAUUAUUCUAUAACAGGCAGCUGCACUACUGAACUUUUGUACCAGUCCUUUUACCAUAAAAGGCAGCCACAUUGCAUUCUAACGUCAUCAGCCAUUAAGCCAUUUUAAACCAUUUGAGGCACCCCAGCCAAACCCAGCCAUUGUCAGGUAUAAAACAGUCAUUCACUCUACGGUAUACAAUGUUCUGUUACCUUAAACAAAAAUAUCAAGUAUCUGGGGGAGGUGAUGGCUAGGCUUGGCUGUGACAACCUGACAACAGCUACUUAAUACAGGCAUGGGGGAGGCAGUUCCUCACAAACAACCAUUGCAAGGGAGUCAGGUUUUAUAAAAUAAUAAAAUAGAAAAAAAAAAGGUGAACAGAAACAGUACACAUCAGUUGCCAGAUGGCGACACACUCAUAAUCAUUUACACAAAAUACCUACACUUAAACCUCCAGUAUUUCAUUGUUAAAAAAGUCUUUGUUAUGUACAAAAUAUAGGCUAAAACUUAAAACCUAAAUGCUGUACAAAAGGCAUCGGUAGACUAAGCUUAUAUUUCAGUAUCAAAUACAACGGCCUCAACAGAAGAAAUGAGCACAUUAACCAAUUUUCUUAACAAUUAUUGUACCUAAAAUUGUACAGUUUAAAAACCACUGCGCCAAAUAAUCUUGCUUGUUUACAACCGGGUAAAUUCACAUCAAGCCCGUACAGUACAGGACCCAAGGAGCAGCACGACCUUCAGAACAACAAUUUUACGAGUGUCAUCAA